ACCCUCGAGUCGAGGGCCUCGGGGUGGGGUCUUUCGGCCCUGCUGUUAUGUUUUAUAAAGGGGGCGGUGCGGGUGCUUUUGGGGAGGAGCUGAACAGCGGGUCUGAGAGAUGGCGACGGACCUGGAAGCAGAGACGUUGGAGUCGUGGCUGAAUAAAGCUACCAACCCUCUAAAUACUGAAGAGAAAUGGGAAUACAUCAAGGGAUUCUGCGAUCAGGUCAAUCUAGAGAUGGAGGGCCCACAGAUUGCAACUCGUCUCCUGGGUCACAAAAUACGGUCGCCACAAGAAAAGGAGGCUCUAUAUGCGCUCACGGUGUUGGAUACGUGCAUGAACAAUUGUGGCAAACGGUUUCAGAAUGAAGUUGGAAAGUUUCGAUUUUUAAAUGAUUUAAUUAAAGUCUUAUCACCAAAGUACCUUGGCUUGUGGUCCUCAGAACGGGUGAAGUCUAAGGUGAUAGAAAUGUUGUACAGCUGGACAGUGUGCCUACCAAACGCAAUAAAAAUCCGAGAUGCCUAUCAGAUGCUGAAGAAACAAGGUAUCAUCAAGCAGGAUCCCAAGUUACCAGGUGAGAAGCCUUUGCUAUCCCCUUCCGCAGAAAAGAAGUGUUCCUUCUUUGAUGAUGAUGAAAAAUCGAAGCUCCUUGCGAGACUUCUCAAAAGCAACCACCCAGAGGACUUGCAGGCUGCCAACAGGUUGAUCAAGAGCGUCAUCAGGGAGGAUGAAGAGAAAGCUGAAAAAAUCAACAAGAGGAUUCGUGUCAUUGAGGAAGUGACCAACAGUAUGAAGUUGCUGAAUGAGAUGUUGGCCAUAUACCAGAAAGACGGCCUGCCGGAAAACCAGAUCGAAAUUCUGAAGAACCUGUAUCAGCGCUGUGAGAAGCUGCGGCCGACACUGUUCCGACUUGCGAGUGACGCUGCGGAAAAUGAUGAGGCUUUGGUGGAGAUUCUGCAGACCAACGACUCACUUGUGGAUACAAUCAACUCGUACAAGAAAAUCAUUCAGGGGCAUGAAAUCAGUGUGGCCCCCAGAAGUUCAGCCAAAACAGAAGCGUCUUCACUACUGUUCGAUUUAUCUGAUUUGGAGCUGGACUUGGGAAAACCUGAAACCAAUGAAGGUUUAGGCUGCGAGCAGCAAUUGCCGUGUUUGCUUGAUGAAGAACUGGUGUCUCUGGAUCUGAAUGUUCCCCCAUUAAUGGAGCAAGCUGUGAAUCAGAAUACAUCCCAGAAAGCAAAUCCAGCUACAACCACACCAAGCUCUACCUCCAGUGGGAGCAGGGACUUGGACAGCUUGGACCUACUGGGGUCAGCGUUGAUGGAGCAGUAUCUUAGACACCAGAAACAGCUAGUACAAUGGAAACAGCCGUGCCUCAAACCUACACUGAUGGAUCUUCAGAACCAGGCACCAGCCCACACUCUCCCUGCCUCUUUGGACCCCUGUUGUCCUGCCACCUGCGCUCCACUUGCGGCACCAGCUCUUUCUCAGUCCGCAGUGCUGCUGGAGCUGAUGCAAACUUCUCCCUCUCAGCUGCAGCACCAAGCACCUGCUCCACGUGGGCCCUCGAUUGUGGGGAGUGAGGAACUCCCCUGGAAGACGCUGUUUGUGCCAGUGGAGACCAUUCGGACAAGUCAUAUACCGCCUGUCACAGUCUACGACAAAAAUGGCUUCCGAGUCCUCUUUCACUUUGCCAAAGCCUCGUCCUUGCCCUUGCAGAGGCUGGACCUGUUGGUUGUCGUUAUUUCUCUGCUGAGCUCAUUGCCCGAACCAAUAAAGGGCAUCCUUUUCCAAGCUGCUGUGCCAAAGGUGAUGAGGGUGAAGCUACAACCUGCCUCUGGCACAGAGCUUCCUUCAUUCAAUCCCCUCCUCCCACCGCCGGUCAUCUCACAGGUCUUGCUCAUUCAUAAUCCUCGCAAGGAGAAGGUCCGUUUGCGAUACAAGCUGCACUACACCUUGGCUGAGCAGCCCUUCACAGAGAUCGGGGAGGUCACUGCGUUCCCAGCUGUGGAAACCUGGGGUACUCUUUGAGGAAUGAGAGAAGGUCACAGAAAACAGAAAACUUGAAGGAGUUUGAUGCCAUACACCCAAGCACCAGGACCAUUGUUUGGUGAUGCCAAAAUACAACAGAAUUAAAUUGGAUUCCUUAAUAGGAGCAGUGACUGUUGGGACAGAUGACACAAGAAUUUGAAGGAUGGGAUCCUAAUUUUGCCAAAUUGCAUUUCAUUUACCCCCUCUUUCUAUAAUGUUGCUGGCUGGAACAGAAGAACAGUCCUGAUAAUUAAUGCUCAUUUAUAGUUCCUAUUACUUAACCUAAGUGGCCUUGUCCUCUGUCACAUCUGCACACACCACCCCAAUAAUAUUUUUAAUGAGUGUGGCUCACACUGUGAGGUGUCACUUGCAGGGGUUAGAAAGCCUUGUUUGUUUUAACAACCCUUCCAGUACAUCUUUGUUAAAAAAGUUUGUCAAUGGCAGCAGAGCAGAUGCUGCAUAUUUGCCUUUUCACUCCAGUGUUUGCGUUUCCAGACAAUUAGCCAUGGAGAAGUUAGAAUUUGGAACAGCAGCAAAUUGAAGAAUACUGUUCAAAUUGUCUUUCACUGCAUAGAAAAUGCAAACAGUGGAAAUAGGUGGGAUUAUUUGGACUGCUGGAGGCUUAGUAAUUUGGGUGUUCAUCUUCACUGUAAAACACAAAGUUCAACAUACAUUUACUAUCAAAAUGUACACUAUACAUUAUACAACUAGUCUCCUUACAGCCAUCCAUAAAACAAAGAAACCUUAAAAGAACCCAUUUCAAAAUAGACUGUCAAACACCCAGUGUGCAGAGGGGGAGAAGUGUGCAAACAAUAAAAGUAAGCAAAUGGCGUUCAGAAGUUCAGUUUCACGAAAGUGAAUCGCUUGGACCUGGAAUUGUUCUCUGUGGAAAUGCAUUCAUUGGAAGGGAAAUGGGAAUGACAUUUUGCUUCCAGGUCUAAGUACCAAAGUUGACCCUUCCACCCACAAGAUGCCCCAACUCUUCACCCUUGCAAAAACCAUAGCUGGCAGUUUGUCACCACAUAAUGAGGCAGUGAACAGAGAGAAAAUAGCAUUAAUUUGAAGGGAGUAGUGGAAUUCAUAAAGUCCACCAAGUCCCUUAAGCCCACUGCAACUCAUCUUCAGCAACAAUUAGUGGUCACCUGCCACUGAAGGUCUAUGGUGAGGGUUGGUCACCUGGGUAAUGGUGACACCUAGAGACUUAAAAUCAGUAUUGCACCCGUUUUUAAAUCACACUCACAGACCCAAAGUAUUAACUUUUCCUCCUCAGAACGGAUGUGUCCUGACUUGCUGAGCUUUUUUCCCCAGUAUAUUCUUUUUUUUUGUUUCAGAUGUCAAGAUUCUGCAAUUUUAAAAAAUUUUGAUUUAAAAUUUACUUACCCCUUGUUCAUUUUGUCUGCGUGUAUCUUUUUCAAUAUGUAGGAGGUAAUGAUUUCUACAAUCUAAACAAAAAAAGUAUUCUGUUCUCAGAGGGCUUAUCAUUAUCUUAAAUAAAGAAAUGAUCUUUCUGUUGGAAAGAAUAGUGAAGAAGACAUUUGAAAAUAUUCCCUGGGAAUAUGACAGCUUGUUUUGAGUGAAGAACUUAUUUACAAUUAAGAACAUUCUUGGAAAUUAAUUAUGGGAAGAGAGAUUGGUCUUGCAAAUAUAAUUCAAAUAUUUAUAUUUUUGUAAUAUAAAAGCAUGAUACGUUUAAACUUUGUGCCUGUAGAAGCAAUGACUUUCCAAUUCAGGGAAAGUAAGAUAAAUAUCAAAGCAUUCAAACCGAUGUGUGGGAAGUCUGAGCCUAGAAAUUGAGAAAGAUUUGCAUUUAUAGAAAGGACCUUUCAGAACACCCCAAAACAGUUUACAGCUAAUAAUAUAAAUUUGAUUGCACUGUUGUAAUGAGUCAAAGUGAAGGGUAAUUCAUGUUCAUCCUGAUGAGCAGUACUGAAAAAUGACCUAGUAAUCUGAUGAACAAUUAUUGGUCAAUUACCUCUUCCCUGAACAGUGUGAUGGGGUCUUUGAUAAACAGAUAAUAGUAAUAAAAGCCCUCAUUUGAAAAGUUGCAUCUCCAACAGAGCAUUGAACAUUGACCAGGAUUUUUGGGCUCAAGCCUUUGGUGUGGACGAGCUAUCUGCUUAAGAGGUGAGAUUGCAACCAGCUGGUACUUUACAUUAAUGAAUAAAAUCUAGAACUGCCUACUUCUGAAAAUGUUCCUGUGAAACAGUGAGACAUUUUACUAUGUUAAUGGCACUUCUGAGAGCAAGUUAAUAAGGGUAUGUGCUUUAUUUGUUGAUGCUACUUGUGCACAGCCACAGACAAUGCAAUUGUGGGAAAGGUGUUAAUUUACUUUUCUGAACCAGUUUUAGAAUUUCUGUUUUAAGAAUGGUAAAAUAAAUCUUUUAUAUUCCUCAGC